UCACAAGAAGCGUCGCCUGCUGAUGACGUCAGUGCUCCCGCUGCGAUUUGACUUUCCGCGCCUCUGUUCUUUGAAAACAUUUGAUUAGGAGAAGUUAUUUUUGGUUAAAUGACGGAAAGCAGCGCUGCAGCAAUCGCUGCUGCUGUCAGACUCAUGGUGAUGUACGACGAUGAGUCCGUGGCAGUUCGCUUGGAGAGCGGAGCGCAGCUCCAGCUGUCGCCGUGCGGCUGUGACUUUCUGCUGGACAGAACCUCACACAGAGUCCGACAGAGGACGAGGUUCACCGUCAGCGCAUACAGGGAGUUGAUGAUUGCAACAUUGAAAUUUAGGAAUAUGUAUUCCAGUCGACCAUACCUGCCACAAGAACUCAUCCCUGCCAUCCACAAAAAGCCUUUUUUCAGUAUUGACUCAUGCGUUCAGUGGCCUGAUCGAUCCUCCUGUGAUGUUGAGGUCGGUCCUGGAGGUGAGACCAUCAUCAGGUCAGUGGAUGGAAAGGCUGUGCUGAUACUGUCACCCUCAGGUGAAGAAUUCUCAGUCGAAUUCACAUGCAACCUUAGCAAAGCUGAUGGCCACUUCCACACGGAGCAUCACCGCAGCAGAAAGCUGGACAGCAGCAGCAGCAGUGUAGGUGGUGUGCUGCUGCAGCAGCCAGGAAGCAACACUGGGUGCCUGCAGAACGCUAGUGAUGAAGCCAAAGGGGUUCACAGGGGAAGCAGAAGUGGUAAACACAGUAGAUCAAGGUCUUGUUCUUCUCAGAUGAACCAACACAGUAGUGCUCAGCCAAAGCCAGAGGAGGUGUACCAGUCUACUACAGUUGUUCAGCAUCACUCCUGCAGUGAUGUUGCCCCCGUGUGGCGCCACCCGCUCUCUUUGGCUCACCAUCACAUGGAGGCUCAUCUGUCUAAACUUGGUGAUGUCAAAAUGGAGGAAGCCAGAGAUUCCACUCAGGAAGAUAGAAAAAGGAGCAUGUCAGACGUAUGCAGCCGUGAGAGGAGUUUUUGCCUUCCGCAGGCAUUACCUCUCACAUGUGCAUCCCCUCACUGGCACAGGUGGAAGUUUAAAGACCCUCUGUGCAACCAAGAAAAUUCAGACCAAGAGAUUCCAGUUGAGCCAAUCAAAGUGAUGUGGUGUGAAGGAGUUACUUACAGGAUACUGAGUGGAACGGUUUCAGCCAUCGAGGUUUCCCCGGGAGAUGGAUCAGUCAUAAGAUCCAACAGUGUCCUGAACAGUUAUUUUAUACAUCACAGACCUGAGCUUCACACUGGGAUGGUGAACAAGGUCACAUACCAUGUGAACAGCCUUCCACCUGAUGUGCCUGGACAGGUCUACUCAGUCAGAUCUGUUCUGAAACGUGCAUAUAGGAUUCUUACUUGUUCUACCCAGGCUAGGAAAUCACUGAUGCUCCCUGACUUACCCAGCUGCUUGCAGGAGUACAAACAUUUUACAGACAUUAUGACAUCAACUGAAGAAAACCUGUGUCAGAAUGUAACUGAGGACCAGCAUGUAAUUGUUACUCAGAUGGCAGAAAAUUGGUCAAAAAUUGUAGCUGCUGAACUGAGGAAGAUAACGUUUUAACUUUCUGCUGGAGAACAGCAGCCUUCUGCAAAGUGAGAAAGACCCUACAGAUCUGGAAGGCACUUCCACAGAAGAGGCGAGUGGUGAACCAGUGGAUGAGAGCUGCAUUUGUGAAGCCCUUCAGAGAACAUCCAAAGUAAUACAGGACAUUGAUGGUGUCAUGGCUGCAGCCGCACUCACUAGAGACAUUUUUACUGAGC